AUGAUCUGUUCAAGCAAAGGAACGAUCUUAAUAUACAGAGGAAAACAUUCAACCUUUAGAUUACCCGUUACAGGCUCUUCCUUAAGUUACAAGAAUCGAUUUAAUAACAAACUUCCGAUCACUGUCACAGCUUUUCAACGAUCAUCAUCAUCGUUACCUUCAUCGUCAAUGGCGGUGGAAACAAUGUCAGAUACAUCAACUUUGCUUCUGACGUCGGGAGCAAGCGGCCGCGUUAGAGCCCUCUUCUCCAUGCGAGAGCUCAAGCGUCUCGUCACGAUCAUCCACGCGCUGAUCCUCUUCAUUCUCCUCCCGUUUCGCGUCGUUGUUUGGAGGCGGAGGACCGGAGCGGUGGUUAUCAGAGACGAGAAACAGGAGAGGAAGGUCUGGUCUCCGCCGCAGAUCGUGGUCAGGAAGAGGGGCGCCGGAGGAAGCGAAAGCGGAUGCAGCGUUGCGCCUCCGUCGGUUCCGGCGGCGGUGGUGGACUUGGAGGUUGCGGUUAGACGUGAGCUCGCGAUGAGGAGAGUGUUGGAGGAUGACGGCGGCGAUGGAAGCUCCGUCAGAGAGUUUUCGCUUUUCCCGACGAAGAGAGGAGAUACGUUGUUUACUCAGUCAUGGUCACCUGUUUCCCCUAAUCACAGGGGACUUAUUGUUCUGCUACAUGGACUAAAUGAGCAUAGUGGCAGGUAUAGUGAUUUUGCAAAGCAGCUAAAUGCUAAUGGGUUCAAGGUCUAUGGAAUCGAUUGGAUAGGUCAUGGUGGAAGCGAUGGACUUCAUGCUUAUGUCCCUUCCCUUGACUACGCUGUCGAAGAUUUGAAAUCAUUUCUUGAAAAGGUUUUUACGGAGAAUCCAGGACUCCCUUGUUUCUGCAUUGGACACUCAACAGGAGGAGCAAUCAUCCUCAAGGCUAUGCUAGAUCCAAUGAUUGAGUCUCGAGUCUCGGGCAUUGUACUGACUUCACCUGCUGUUGGAGUCCAACCAUCCCAUCCUAUCUUUACUGUUCUUGCUCCAAUCGUUGCGUUCCUCCUGCCAAGGUACCAGUUCAGUGCAGCAAACAAGAAAGGAAUGCCGGUCUCUCGUGAUCCACAAGCUCUCGUCACCAAAUACUCUGACCCGCUAGUCUUCACCGGAUCCAUCCGGGUUAAAACCGGCUACGAGAUCCUUAGAAUCGCCGCUCACUUGCAACAAAACCUGAACAAAGUGAAAGUCCCUUUUCUGGUCAUGCACGGUACAGCUGACACUGUGACUGAUCCCAACGCCUCUAAGAGGCUCUACGAGGAAGCUUCUUCUUCAGACAAAUCAAUCAAGCUCUUUGACGGACUGUUGCACGAUCUUCUCUUCGAACCUGAGAGAGAAAUCAUCGCUGGAGUCAUAUUAGAUUGGCUAAACCAGCGGGUUUAGUGCUCUUUCCAUAACCAGCAAUUACUAUCAUGUCUAAUCAAGUUUUAUUUCUUGAUUAAGAUAAAAUAAUAAUGUAUUUUUGCGGAAAUUUCUGAGUAAAUUAACAGAGAAAUCGUGAGGGAGAAAGACUUAAAAAGAGUUCUUGGUUGAUUUAGCUACUUCUUGAUUGGUUUUUGUCAACUCAAGAAGUUAAAGAGAUAAGGAGACUUGGACUUUCUUGCGGUUCAUUGGUCUUGCACAACAUUUUGACCCUCUGUGUAUGUUAUAAAUCAAAUAAUUUUGUAACCUCGGAUUUUAAUAUUUUUAUCUACGUUGAUGGAAAUCUGUUGCAUGUUUCGAAUGUUUCUGCUUGUAAAUAAUUUUAUCAAGUUUAUGAUGUUUUAUUG